GUGGAGCACCUGCCGUGACCGUUGACCCUUGACCUAGCUGAGUCAUGUGACCUGCUUCGCUCUCCAUCUUGAAACAAGGUUGGAGAUUCAUCGACAACUUGGAUGCGGUAGCCAGCCUUGCUUUUCUUCUCUCUCUCGCGACAGCAUCUUUUGUGUGGAUUGUUCACAAAACCGGAUAAAAUGUUCCGGAAAAGAAGUACGAAGGGUGAAGUUCAAACGGAAUACUCAUGUAGUAUCCGUUUUCUGGACGAUUCGGAACCAAUUCAACUAAAUUUCAAGAAAGACACACUUGGACAGUGGCUAUUUGACAGAGUAUGCGAGAAACUCAGCUUGGUCGAAAAGGAUUACUUUGGGUUGCGAUAUGUGGAUGCCGAGAAACAAAGACACUGGUUGGAUCCAUUGAAAACUGUAUAUAAGCAACUCAAAGGUGUGAACCCCAUGGUGCUCUGUUUUCGUGUGAAGUUUUACCCAGAAGAUCCCAUGAAACUUCAUGAAGAGAUUACACGCUACUACUUGUAUCUGCAGUUGCGGCGAGACCUCCAUCAUGGCCGUCUGUUGUGCUCCCCACAAGAUGCUGUUCACCUCGCGUCAUACAUUGUCCAGUCCGAGGUUGGCGAUUACGAUCCACAGGACCAUCCACCAGGCUACAUCACUGCCUUCAAGAUGCUACCCAAGCAGAACGCCAAGAUGGAAGAACAGAUCCAGGAGCUGCACAAGACGCUCAAGGGCCAGGUACCUGCUGAAGCUGAGAGUAAUUUCCUGAAGAAAGCAGCUGUGCUGGAUACUUACGGUGUCGAUCCACAUCAGGUCAAGGAUCAGCGAGGAGAUCAGUUAUACCUGGGUGUGACUCAUCAGGGCAUCAUGACCUUUCGCGGCAGUCGACGGACGCAGCUACAUAAAUGGAACCAGAUCAGAAGGAUUGCUUAUGAAGCGAAGAUGUUUAUAGUCCAUGUGAAUGUUGCAGAGGAGGAAGAUGCUGCGAAUGCAAAGAAGGUUUCGGAUGAGGCGGCAGAAGGGGGAAAGGAGAAAGAGAAGGAUAAAGAAAACGAAAAGGGGAAAGAACAGGAAAAAGAGAAAGAACAGGGGAAAGAACAGGCAAAAGAAACUGAAACUGGGAAAGACCAGGAAAAAGAACCUGAAACAGGAAAAGAGCAGGGGAAGGAAACUGAAAAGGGGAAAGAAACUGAAACUAAAAAAGAAUCUGAUAAGGAAAAUCAAAGCGAGAAAGAAAAAACUGAGGAAAAUAAGUUCGAGCAGCAGCAGCCCCACGGCUACAAGUGUCUGACUGUCGGAGCGUGCAAGUACCUGUGGAGAUGUGCUGUGGAACAACAACUCUUCUUCACGCUGGCGUCUUCAUGCAAUGCACCCAAGUUGAAGUCAGGCGGAACGCUCUUCAGCCGAGGAUCCAAGUUCCGUUUCAGUGGACGCUGUCAGGUCGAGGCUCUUUCAGCCAGUGAAAACAUAAAGAGGUCAGAGCCCAAAUUUCCAAGAACCAACUCUCUUCCCAACUUUUCCCGCAAUAAGCAUGCGUCUGAGAGCAAGAGCAGUACGCUGAAUACGUCCAUCAUGUCGGAGCCUGUACCGGAAGAUCGAAGACGCUACAAUGUUUAUCUUGCACCGAGUCGCCGAGCCCAAGGAAUGGCGGAAGAAACUCCCAAUCAGUCUUUUGAAAUCACCCCAACAGAAGCAGCAGUGGAUGUCCCUGGGAAUGCCUUCGGAGCACAGACGUCCAGCCUCAUUGUCCCAGAGAGCCCAGUCCUGAAGGCACCCCUAGCUGCAGAGGAGAAGUUUGAUAUGCAGAAGGUUCAGGCCGUGUCUGCAAGCGCGCCCGGUCAGAAGACCCCCGUCAAUGGAUCUGUCCCGGUUGACCCCUCCUUCCUGGAAACCAGCACCGAUUCCAUGCCGUCCUACCAACCAAACAUGACGAUGGAUGACGACGAAGAGGAUGACAAGACACCCAAACCGUCUCUGGACGAGCAGAUUAAGCAGCUUGAGCAACAGUACGAGAAGAUCACCAGCGACCAGAACCACAUAACGCCUGGCGGCAAAGUUGGGGCAUCACCUAAAGCCGCUCCUGCUUCUACCGGUACAUCAAAGUCUCCGCCCAAAUCAUCUAUGUGUGCAACCUGCUGCAAGGUUUUAACCUACUCAAUCCUGUUUGCUGUACUUCUUAUGGCGGUGACUGUUGUUGUUUUGUUUUACACUAAAUUGGAUCACCCAUUGCUGGAUGAAGGACGGAAACAACUGCAAUUCCUCGAACCUGUCAAGCACUAUAUCGACGACUCAGUGGAAGCAAUUGCCAGCAAGUUCAAGUGAAGAAAUAACGUCUUAUUUUUGUGUCAGAGUUAUUUUUGGUUACAUAUCAUUGGCAAUAAGUGACAAAGCCAACUUGCAGAAAACAUGUUACACCACUUAGAUUGUGAUAGAAUCGUGCAUUGUAAAACCUCUCCUUCUGAUUAUUCUAUAGCACUCUGUUUGUUUUGUAGGAUAGAGAGUGAGUAAACAGUGCAGUUAUUUCUUAUUCAGCAACAAUGUAUUCAGAAUGAUUGUACAGAUUUAAACGAACAUCACGAAUCUCAUAUCAUGUUUCUACAUGUCAAUUAUAAUAUUAACUUAUAAUAUAAUUAUUGGACAAUGGUUAAACAUAUUAUCGAUAUUGCAUUUUACAGGAAUUUUUAUAAAAUUUUACAAAUGACAGAUCGGGACUGAUAAUUUUUCUCUACCUCUUGUUAAAAACACAAUACUGCCUUACCGAUAUGGCACAACUCAGGAAAACUUCCAUUACUCUGUGUAUGCCAUCGCUAUACAUACAUGAUACACACUAUCUGACUAGUAACCAUUUAAUGUGCCUACCGUGAGAUAAAAGUGUUAAGUUUGUGAAAUUAUCAUGUUUUAAAAGUCAGCUGCAUCUGUAAUGUCUUUGAUACUUCUGUUAUCUGAAUUGAAUAAAUGUAAUGCAUAAUAUAGACUCUGACAGUUCCUAGGGUCCUUGUACACAGUUUGUGUGAAGGAGAGGUUUUAGUAAUGCAAUGUGGUGGGGAUGUUACCAUGGUGAUUGCUUCUCCCUCUUAUUCGCUAUUUGCAAUUUCAGUGAGUGCAAAAUGUGAGUCUAUUAUUAGCCCUUUUAGCUAAAUAAUUUCAAACAUGAAAUUUUGUUUUGAAAAUUAAUAUAUUAUGUCAGCAGUAAUAGUGAUAUGAAAUGCGAUUGUGUGUCUUUCUCUACUUGCCAGUGUGGAGAUAUGCAAUAACACUUUAAUAAUGAGUCAGUUUAUCACCAAGUAUUUGUCCCCACCAUCUUGUUUUGUGUGACCGUGAUCUGAAUCUAUUUACACCUCGCCCGCGGGUGCGAUAAUAUUUCAGGCCCUCAUCAUGUGACUUGUGAGUUUUGUGACGCUUUUUUUCGCACAUUGAUGAGGUGUAACUGAAAGUUGAGGGGGCAAACCCAGAGGGAAGCAUAGGAGGGUGCAGAUGGAUAGCAAGCAAUUGUAGAUUCACUGUCGAUAACUUAAUUAUACUGCUAGAGGCAUUUGUUUUCAAAAUAGACUGAACAAAGAUUUUAUUUUGGGAUAGAUCUGGGAUAAUUUUGGGUGGUGUGAUAUGCCCUCUGCACCCUCCGAUAUAAAGGAAUGGAUUGUAGACAAGAAUAAUUAUUUAUUUGCAGAUAAUGUAGUUGAUCAACAAAGUUUUGGUUAGUUUAUGUGCCUGCUUGUGCAAUUCUACUGAUUAUACUAAUCCAUCAUGACAAAAAUACCUGCUUUGCGUAAAUGUAGACUAAAUUGAUUCAGCCAGUAGUUCAGCAUGGAAUCCAUGUCAAAAUUCACUUUCAUUUAACUCUCUUAUCCUCGAAGUUCAAAGCUGAGAUUUAUCAUCCUUUGCAGUAGACUACCUUGCUUCUUAGCCCGAGUCCUGGAACAGAGGAUACUGAAACCUAUGGUUGCUAUGAUACGGUGGUUGCUAUGUUACAUUGUACCAUACGUGAUGCUGGUCAUGUAGAUAGUAUAGAAAGGGCAUUGAUAACCUUCAUAGUGUAUGGUGCUACAGUCCAUUAUAGGAGGGUGUUAAUUUGUUCGGGCUUGGAUCAGUAGUGUGUUUUUUGUGUGCAAGUACUAAGUUUUGACAGUAUGUACUGGAAUGUUUUACCCAAAUAAGUCUCAGCUUUGGGCAACUUGGUUUUCAUUGGUUGGAGUCAUCGGUAUACUGGAUUGAUCAUGUAGUAUGUCAAGGGCAUUGUCAGAUGCUUUAACAACAUGUCUUCAACAUGGUGUAAGAAUCAGUGUUUCCUACACAGAUGUCAAAAAAAGGCAAUGAUUUGGCAUGAGAAUAAAAUCUGGGAAGAGACAAGGUUGAAGCUAUAACAUGUUUAUCCAGUAAGAAAGAAUGUUGAAUUACCUGUAUAUUCAUUAGUUCUGGAAAGAAACUGAUAUAACAACUUUGAAUGUUGAGGGAGACCUGGAAUGUCCAAAUGAUCCGACUGUAAACCACUGUAGGAUGAGAGAGUUAGAUCUGCCUCUGAGUGCUGCUGGAUUGGGUGGGCUUGUAUCUAUAUUCAGCAUCACAGGAUGAAAGUGGGAUAUCGCGUAUCACUGUAUCAACUGGAGAACGCAUGUUUUUUGUCACUAAUAAUCUGCCAGUCUGGAAACCCUUUUUCUUAAAAGUAUAGUGUUUUGAUCUCAAGGGGUAGAAAUUUGAGUUCUAUAUUAAAGGAUUUCUGUCUGUUUUAUGUUCCAAAUAUUUAAUUGUUUUUCAUUUUAAAUGGUAAGGUUUGGCAUUUUUAUGAGGAAUUUCUUAUUGAAAUGUUGAAAUUAGAUGUAUACAUAGAAUAUUCAUACAUAAUUGUUUAACUUUGUCUUUAUUUAUUUCUAUCAUUCUAUGACAUUUUCCUGCGAUUUCGAUUUUGAAAUCCUGAAAUAUGAUGGCAGAUAUUGGUACUAAUUAUCCACUUGUUGCGUACGCUUCAUAUUGUAAUGUAGAUAUUUAGCUAGAAUAACAACAUGCUUGUAUCUUCAGUUCUGCUGUGUUUCAAGUCCAUGAAUUAUGCAAUACAACUUGUUGUGUCCAACAUACUGGCAAGACUAACAUAAUAACUCUCGGAUCAUCUCAUUGUAACAUAGGCCAUUGUGUCAUCGCUCAUGGAUCUGGACUUGGCUGUACCCUAUAAUCGACCCCCACUGCUGGAAGAGGCAAAAACCGAAUUAAUAUUUUUAAAUCAUGUUGAAAUUUAUUAACAGAUUAUUAACUUUCAUACGUUGUGUCAAGAAGAUACUAUGUUGUACACUGUUACAUGUGUUUGUUAUGUGGCAUGUUUAUAUUGUAUGUAAGCGCAGUCUAAGACUAUGAUUUUCCUGUGGUCAGAUAUGACUUUGCCUCUCUAGCAGUAGUUACCGCAAGUCCUCAAACAGAACAUGGGUUGAAGGUAAAACCAGCAGGGCUCAAAAAGUCUGGAACAGAAUCAUUUUAGAUUUCUUUAAUCUAACAACUGUUUUGUAAUAUCACCAAUUUUAAGAUAAUUUAAAAUGAACUUUAAAAAGGCUGGUCUCAGAGACGGAAGCUUGGGUAAAAGUGUAAGAACCCAGGCAUCUGUUUGAGGACUUUAGUUUUUAAUCUUUUUGAAUCGCUAUACAUUUUCUGAGCUUACCAUUACAAUGUUAUUUUAGAUCUACACGCCUUGCAUGUUUUAAUUCGAAUAAUUUGUUCAUGUGUUUGGACAUAUCCACCAUGAUCUUUGUUGAGAUUGUAUGUACAAACCGAUACUCAUCUAGUUACUGCACAUAAAUUGUUACAUAUUCUUAAUUAUGUAGAACAUAUUGACUGAAGUUGGUGAUAUCUUAAUUUUCCUCCAAUUCUGUUUGUAUAGAGAAUCAAUAUUCUCUCCUCUGUAUGGUGACCAGGCUAGAGGAACUGUAAGUGUAUAUACAUACAAAUAUAUGUGUUAAACUUGGCAGCCACUGAACAAGUGCUUUCUUAAGCUGUUGAUUGUCCUAGAUUUAUUCCUUCCUGUCUAUCACCUGUGUUUGUCGGUUACGUGAUGUGUGGUGGUGUUUUAUUUUAGACAUGUUGUUGAUGUUGUACAUUCUUGUUAAAGACUUAGAAAGAAAUACCUACAUUUAUACCUUCAAAACAACCACUUUUGUCAAGAUUUAUUUCUACAAACCACAGAAUUUAUAUGUACUGUUGUGACCAUAGAAACGUACCAUCUAUUGUAAGCAUGAAACCAACCACAUUCUAGAUGAGAUAGAAUAUCCGAAUGUAUUACAGUACUAUUCUGUGUACAUGGUAGUGUCCAUCGAUAUGACAGUUAUCAACCUUAAUAUGUAUUACAGUACUAUUCUGUGUACAUGGUAGUGUCCAUCGAUAUGACAGUUAUCAACCUUAAUAUGUAUUACAGUACUAUUCUGUGUACAUGGUAGUGUCCAUCGAUAUGACGGUUAUCAACCUUAAUAUGUAUUACAGUACUAUUCUGUGUGUACAUGGUAGUGUCCAUCGAUAUGACAGUUAUCAACCUUAAUAUGUAUUACAGUACUAUUCUGUGUACAUGGUAGUGUCCAUCGAUAUGACGGUUAUCAACCUUAAUAUGUAUUACAGUACUAUUCUGUGUACAUGGUAGUGUCCAUCGAUAUGACGGUUAUCAACCUUAAUAUGUAUUACAGUACUAUUCUGUGUACAUGGUAGUGUCCAUCGAUAUGACGGUUAUCAACCUUAAUAUGUAUUACAGUACUAUUCUGUGUACAUGGUAGUGUCCAUCGAUAUGACGGUUAUCAACCUUAAUAUGUAUUACAGUACUAUUCUGUGUACAUGGUAGUGUCCAUCGAUAUGACGGUUAUCAACCUUAAUAUGUAUUACAGUACUAUUCUGUGUACAUGGUAGUGUCCAUCGAUAUGACGGUUAUCAACCUUAAUAUGUAUUACAGUACUAUUCUGUGUACAUGGUAGUGUCCAUCGAUAUGACAGUUAUCAACCUUGAUUAUGUACAGAAAUCAUGUUGGAAUUCUUAUCUGGGAAAUUAUCAGAAUAAAAAAAUUAUUUGGAAUGACUAACCAUAUCCGAGAUUCAAAUAACUGAUGUGACCUCAGUUCAGUAUUCAUGAAUGACUAACCAUUAUUACUUCAUAAUGAAACAGAAAAAACAUUGUAUAAUGAAGCGCGUAUUUGGAUUUUUGUGAGGUAAUAACAUUGAAAAGAUGAAACAAGAUUGUUCUAGGAAUGUUGUUUCCCUGAUUAACAGUGUACUGAGAAGAGUGAGUGUUUAACGUCUACCAAUUUCAUAGAGAUUGUCUCUACUUUCAGCAGACUUAUUUUCUACUCUCAAGAAAUUAUGCAAAACUUUGAAUUUUUCAGAAAAAUAUAUCUUACAUUCUGCAUUUUAUUUAAAAGAUAUUUAUAUUUUUCUUAUUUAUUUACGAAUUGAUGAAAUAAAGGUGCACUGUAGAUGAAGGGUAGCUCGGAACACUUUGAUUUGAGGCUUCCCUGGGUCAUUUAUGGGGGUUCAUCCAUUAAUUAAUUCAUAGUUUUACCAGCUUUAUCCUUCCCAUGCUUUUCAACCUCAAAUCAUGCAUUUCAUCAGUGAUGCUUUAGCCAUUCAAAAAUUUCCACUUGACAAAACGCACUUCUGAUGAAUUUUUCAAGGCACUUUUCUCUCGAUUGAUUUAUAUCUAACAAAAAAAGAUUAAUAUCAACAACUUCUAUCUAUUUACCUUUUCAUCCGAGUAGCUAUCAUCCCUCCAAGUGUCUGAGGGACAGUGGUGACACAACUUUCCUGGAUUUUUAAAGACAUCCCAAGUGAUGAACAGCUUUAUAUAUAACACAUGCAGGACUUGUCUGCUAUUUGACGAAAACUGAUUUUCUAAUAUUAAUGCAUGUUUUAUAAACCUCAUGCCAAGGUCAACUUUAGUUCGCUGUUAUUUUGCUAUUAUUUUUAUUUUCUGGGGACCAACUUUUGUUCGUCCCUCCCUUCCUCGUGGUUGUGUACUGGCUCGCCUGAUAACUCUGUGUCUACUUUGUAGAAUGCAUCAUAUCGAGCAUUUACAAGGAUUUUCAACAAAAUAAUAAAAAAAAAUCCACUCUGUAGCAAAA